UGACACUCUCUCAAUAGAGUAAUUUCAAUCAGAAGCUGCAAGACAUCAACUACAAAUAGAGGAAAGUAGAGGAAUUGCAUCGUCCCCUGCCACCGGGAUGGCCGAAAAACCUGAGGCGAUCACACACGAAGCCGUAAGAGAUCCAACUGAUAAGGAGUGGCUUAUUUCCAUAUUUGACGUAGAUGGCCAGCAACCCGAUCGGGAAGCCGGGUCCAAACAUCGGAUACAGAAGGCGCCGACCAAAUUUCGCGAGUAUGAAAAGGACAAGAAGUACUUCGAUCCUCGGGUGGUGUCAUUGGGACCUUACCACCACGGUAAGGAUCUUCUCAAGCCAAUGGAGAAGUACAAGAUCACGGCAGCUAAACAAUUCUUCGACCGAUUCACAAACGUAACUGGAGGGAUGGGAGGGAUCUACAAAAAGUUCAAGGAAUUGACAGGGAAGUUGAAAGAGUUGUACGAUGCCGAAGUGGUGGCCAAUAAGAGCGACGAUGUUUUCGCACGCAUGAUGUUCUUGGAUGGUUGCUUCGUUUUACAUUUCAUAAGCAAUGACCUCAUUCCUCUCAUUGUUCGAGACAUGUUCUUGCUCGAAAACCAUCUUCCAUUGUUAGUCCUUGAUGCUUUGAUGAGCUUGAGAUUCGAUUCUAAUAAGAAAUUAAAAGGAAAGAUUGUGAAAUUCAUCGAAUGGGAAGUCCUACUUCCCAUGGGAUUAUCGUUCUUUAUCCCUCACUGGUGGUUUACUGGAAGAAGAGAUGAUGACCCGCUUCACCUCCUCGACGCUUUCCAGACCAUGUUGCUGGGCUCUCAUCCCUCAAAUCCGAACAAAAAAUACAGGUACAGACUACAUAACUUCGGCUCCGUUAUGGAACUCAAGGAAGUUGGGAUUAUGUUCGAGAAGAGCGACAGUGGAUAUUUGACAGAAAUCCGUUUUAAGGAAUACUUCUUCUUCCCAUGGCUGUUGCUUCCAUCAAUCGUCAUCAACGAUGUCACCAUAUCUCAGCUGCUGAACUUGACUUCCUUCAAGAUGUGCUCCGAUAUUCAUUCAGGCUAUGGUGUUACAUCCAACAUUUGCUCUCUGGAUUCUCUCAUCAAUCAUGGUGUAGAUGUGAAGGAGCUUCAAUCUAAGGGCAUACUCCACCACGCUCUCGACAAGGUGGCAUGUCUAUUCAACAAGUGGCCGAUCGAGAUGGUGAACAAACACAACGUGUACGGUCGUGUCAAGAUACACAUGCAUUUGCUUCCACAAUCGUCAUAG